UUUCACUAAAUGUGAAUUUGUAUUAAAACUGAGGGAAAACGACAGUUGUCACCGAUAAAUAAGUAAAAACAGGAAAAGGUGAGGUGAGUUGUUACAGAGGGACCACUUGAAUGCAGUGGUUAUGCUCAUGCCCAGAUACGUAGGCAGUGACUUCAUACUCAUUUUUCAGUGCACGUCCAGUGGCCGUCGCUUCUGUAUAAGAAUGGAUAUAUCGCCAAGAAAACCAACAUGCUAUCAUCUAAUUUCGCUGCAUACGCGUUAACGAAUAAUACAGACAUGUGAGGAGACGUGUUUAAUGUCAGUGCUUGUCAGUGGGCUGCCCUGUUUUGGAUUAUUUGCUGUUGAAAUACGUUUUUUCCAGAGCCGCGGUGCGUUCACUUACUAUCAUACUGCUUAAAAAUGAAGAUGGGCUGUAACAGAUGAUGGUGAUGAUGGAGGCACGAUCGAUUACAGAUGCACUCUACCAAGGUGGCAGCAUUGGCACAAGCAGCAGAUGCUGUGAUCAUCAUGUACUCCGUCCAUACACGAGGAAUAACGCUGAAAUUGAUGACUGUGGGAUCCUUAUAAAUUGUUAAUAAUACAAUGAACACCACUGUUACACCAUCAGACCUGGUGGAUGUGCCAAGACAGCAGACCUUCAAUGGCACCCUGGGCACGACCCCAUCAGGCUGGGCUGUGAUUCAUACCGCCACCUUGACCUUUUGUUCCCUCCUGCUCAUCUUCAUCUUCUGCCUGGGCUCCUACGGCAACCUGGUGGUGUUCCUCUCCUUUUUUGACCCCAUGUUUCGCAAGUUCCGCACCAACUUUGACUUCAUGAUCCUCAACCUGUCCUUCUGUGACUUGUUCAUCUGCUGUGUGACUGCUCCCAUGUUUGCGCUGGUGCUCUUCCUGGAUGCAGGUGGAGGGGAUGGCGUGUCGAAGAGUUUCUGCUUCGCCUUCCACUUGACCAGCUCGGGCUUUAUCAUCAUGUCCCUGGAGACAGUGGCUGUCAUUGCUUUGCACAGGCUGCGCAUGGUGUUGGGGCAGCAGCCAAACCGCACCGCCUCCUUCCCCUGCACGCUGGCGCUCACUGCGCUGCUGUGGACAUCCAGCUUCACCAUGGCGGCUCUCCUUACAAUACGAGCAUACCCACGCAGAGAUGGACCCUGCUUGCCCCACUUUGGCCUGGGAGGUGGACAGGCCAGGGUUGUGUUGUAUGUCUACCUAGCAGACUUUGCCUUUUGUGUCGCUGUGGUGUCUGUGUCCUAUCUGAUGAUUGCUCAGACACUGAGGAAGAACGCACAAGUGAGGAAAUGUCCCGUCAUCACUGUAGAUGCCACAUGCCCUCCACCCCCACCACCUCUCAUUGCAGCAGGCUUUGAGAGCAUGCAGUGUGCUGUUCAAGGCCCCUCUCUGUACCGUAACCAGACUUACAACAAACUGCAGAACGUUCAGACACACUCUUACGUUAACAAGACCAGCCAGCCUCUGGUUCCAGGCGCUGCCCAAGGAGCCACCUGCUGUCAGCUGGUGUCUACAGUCAACUUGGCCACUGCCAAGGACUCCAAGGCAGUUGUCACCUGUGUAGUUAUAGUGUUCUCUGUGCUGCUUUGCUGCUUGCCCAUGGGAGUUUCACUGGCACAGGAUGUUUUGUCACCAGAAAGUAGCUUUGCACAUUACCAGUUUGAACUGUGUGGCUUUGUGCUCAUUUUCCUCAAGUCGGGCAUCAAUCCCUUUGUUUACUCACGCAACAGCGCAGGCCUCCGACGCCGUGUGCUGUGCUGUGUUCAGUGGGCGGCACUGGGCUUUCUCUGUUGCAAGCAAAAGACUCGUCUGCAUGCGAUGGGGAAGGGCAGCCUGGAAGUCAAUCGCAAUAAAUCCUCCCAUCAUGAGACCAACUCGGCCUAUGUACUGUCACCCAAGCCACAGAGGAGGCUGGUAGACCAGGCCUGCGGGCCCAGUCACUCCAGGGAUUGCGCUGGUAGUCCAAGGGCCACAGGUGCGCGCAAACCUCGCCCCCCAAGUACCUCGACACCUAUCAACACCCGCAUCGAGCCCUACUACAGUAUAUACAACAGCAGUCCCUCUGCAGGGCCCAGCUCCCCCACCAGCCUGCAACCUGUCAGCUCUCAGACAUUUGCCUUCGCCAAAUCUUAUGUAGCCAUGCACUACCACACUCACCAAGACGCACUACAAGACUUUGAAAGCACCUCAGUGCACCAGAUUCCCAUUCCCUCAGUCUAAUCACAGAGCUGCUAAACAGAAAGGUUUGGACAAUGUUGACAUGGCUUUAAAUCAAAUAUGAAUCAAAAGACGAACAUAAAAACAGCCCAUUUUAUGUAUUUGGAAUCUGUAUUAACCUUUUGUUCUCUUCUACAGUGGAAAUACAUGUUAUGUUUUCUUGAGUGGACAAAUUAAAGAACCAGUAUUAUGAGCCUUGCCAUGAGACUAAAGACAAGCAAUAGAUUUGUAAUGGAAGUGUCUGUUCUUUUACAGAUAUUGCAUUUUCUCAUAAAUCUGCCCGUGUUGCACAAGCAUGUGCCAAUAUAACCCAAGGCUCCGUAGGUUUUCAUUGCAGCCAAAGACUGCAGUUGCUAGAUCACUGCUGUUUUCUCUCUGGCUGAAGUUGCUGAAGUUGCUGAGCGCUGAUAUAAGCUGCUGUAGUGUCGGGCUGCUCUGAAACCCUGCACAGGCCCACACAUGGCUGUCGAUGGCAUGUGGUUGCACUUUGAUGAACUUUUGCUUCUUGAGAGAAAUGUGUUUGUGAACCUCAUACACUUUUCAACACAAUAAAUGUUUGGCAAGUGCAACGGAUCUGUGCUUUAAUUUUUUUUUUUUUUUACUUGAGCUAUUGAUUAGUCGAUCAACAGAAUAUUAAUGAGAAGCUGAGUCAACGUUACUUUCAUUUUUUUAAGAACAAAUGUCAAACUUUUGCUGGUUACAGAUUUUCAGAUGUUAGCAUUUGAUGCUUCUCUUAGUCAUAUGAUAGUGAAAUUUGUAUCUUUGGGUUUUACUGUUCUCAGACAAAAAACAUUUGAAGAUGUCACCUUAUAAAACAUAAUAACCAUUGUCCACUAUUUUCUGAUAUUUUUAAGACAAAACAAAAUCAAGAAAAAUGGCAGAUUAAUUGCUUAUAAAAAUAAUCGUUAGUUGCAGUCUAGUUUUAUUAUUGCUAGCUGUGUCAGUAGCUAAUGAAAUGAUCAUAAUGCUGGUUGCUUGACAGUAUUUCAGGCCUGCUGGGACUGAACACCUGAUGUUAAAUGAGAAUACCACCUUAAGUAAGAAUGCCAGUAUGUUAUUUACACAGCCUGGGUAAGUUCAAUCAUUAUAUUUGUAAUCAUGAGCUACUGUCUUUUAAAGCCAUAAAACACAGAUUUAAGUCUCAAACUUAUGAUGUCAUUAAGCAUCAAGUCUGGAGCUGCUCCACAGACAAUGAAUGGAGCCUGAUUUUGUGGAUCCACAGAAUGUAUUUUAUAACUAGCCUAAAUGAGCUUUAGUCUGUUGUAGUGUUCUCAGCUCUGAAACAGAAAAUGUACCCAUAUACUCACAACAUUCCCCUGGGUGCUGUCAUUAUCGUCUCUAACAUCUCUCCAAAUUCAUUGUCUGUGGAGCAGCUCCAGACUUAAUACUUGAUGACAUCACAAAUUUAAGUUCUAGCACUCUAGUUUUUGGAUUUUAGAGGGAUCGGUUCAUGUUUACUAAUAUUUUUGGACUGUAUUAGACCAUAGGAAUAACAUGUAUGAAUUCUGAAAAUGGGCAGUUCCCCUUUAAGAAUGUGAAAACAACAUAC